AUGCCAAUUCAGGCACUUCCAGCAGCGACCGCACAUCUUCUCAGCAGUUCACAGCUCCUGACAAGUCCCACUUCUGCCACCAAAGAGCUGAUUGACAAUGCCUUGGAUGCUGGCGCCACGUCAGUUGCAGUCGAUAUCAGCGCUGACACGAUGAGCUCUAUACAGAUCCGAGAUAAUGGUCACGGUAUUCCGCCCGAGGAUAGAUUGCUGUUCGGCAAGAGAGGUUGCACGAGCAAGAUUCGUGACGAGAGCGAUCUGAGGUUGGUUGGUGGGAACACCUUAGGCUUCAGAGGUGAGGCCAUCAGUGCUUUGUCGGGGGACCUUCUCGUAAAGGGUGUCUGCAAGACAGUGAGGAUAACGACACGAGUCGCAGGUGAGGAAGUAGGACGGAGCUGGGACGUUGGGCACUGGGCAGUCAAUCACAUAGGAGUUGCUACCUCGCAUCCAGUUGGUACUACUGUGCGUCUGACGGACUUCUUUGCGGCUCUACCUGUGCGCAAACAAGCAGCGCUCAAGACUACCAGCAAAUGUCUUGCGGACAUUAAACGCAUGCUGAAGGCUUACGCCUUUACUAGGCCAACAGUACGCUUUUCGCUGAAGAUUCUCAGGGCAACCUCAACUGCUGGGAACUGGACGUUUGCGCCAUGUAAAGUACACGAUGGAAAUUCGGAGUCCAUGGCAUCACUUGUCGAAGAAGCUGCUAUCAAGAUAAUAGGCCACCAGGCCACUAGCCAAUGUCGAUACGAUGCACUCAAAGGUAACGGAUAUCACGUCCGCGCCUUUCUACCACGACCUGAUGCUAAACCAGCAUAUGUGUGCGGGUUUGGUUGCUUCUUUCAGGUAGACGGACGCCCUGUCGGGCAUGCCAGAGGCGUUCUCAAGAAAAUCCUGGAGUUGUGGAAGCACAACCUGAAAACAGCCGGCUUGGGUGGGGUCAAGGAAGGCUUUAUCUGGCUUGAUAUUGCAUGCCCAGAGGGGACGUACGAUGUCAACGUGGAGCCUGGCAAAGGUGACUUCAUCUUUAUGGACGAGAAAGCUGUACUGAAAGUUGUCGGGGACCUUAUGCAUUCGUUCUAUCAGAUCCAGACGGAAAAGGAUACUCCUCAGGCACUAGACCAACUGAUAGACUUCCUGGAGUCAACUGAAGUCGUGGGAGACACGUCUGCGAACCGAGAUCCAACACCACAGCCUGAAAUGGAACUUCCUCCUCAAGCAAUAAUCUCGACCCAUGAGGACUGCACACAAGGAUCUGGAACUUACCCCCCUCCACAGCGAUCGUCUGCGUGGGUUUCUAACAUGUACGGUGGCGAUGACGAUGACGAUGACGAACUUGCGGAUGUAGUCAACGAGACAGAUACUACAAGUGGGAACUACGAAAACUAUGAUGAUGACGAGACCGAGGAAGCAUUGAGGUCCGUCGAAGUGUCUAAUCCAUGGACACUUGCAAAAAUGGCCACAAAGACAAGGGGCAGAUACCGUGAGCCGGUCCAACUCAACACGCCUGCGAAGACUCCGCUGAAGAUUCGACCCUCCGACCUCGCUCCGCAAAGUUCAAGCACGAGGAGCCUACAGGCUCAAUUUGGCUUCCAUGAACAACACUUUGGAUUGGAGACACCCCCGGCAACACUUUCGAGUAGCUCUGUUCGACCAACACAGACGUUAGCGGAGGCUCGCAACAGAGCAGAUCCGCCUUCGUCUUCAAGGGUCGAAGAUGGAACUGAGGUAUACGCAAGCCACCAAAGACGACCUAUGGACGUUAUAACUCCACAAUUUCAAGAUUCUAGUCUUCCAAUCCCAGACCCAAACCCGAAUUCCGUAUUAGGAACCCCACUAUCAGCAAUUCCUGAAAUCUCACGGCGCCCACGAGCAAAACUCGGAAAACAACAACCGCAACAACAAACGGAACGGCAACAGUGUCAGAGCCUCCAGAUCCAAGACGAUCACAGCCCCGGAGUCCGAUUCUUCGACCCCGAACACGCGAAUGACACCAGAAGAGCAGAGCCCAAAAAGCGUCGCAGUCAGCAGAAAUUCAGACCGCCAGCCCUUACAAACGGUGCUCCCCGUACCCCUCCCCUCAGGAGACAAACAGACCCCCGAUCCAAUCGACAACGCAACAGAAACAACUCAAGUAGCAGCAGCAUGACAGAGACAAACAACGUCCAUCACCAUUCACGGUCCGCUCAGACUCCCCAUCAGACACCAUCCGAGCACGAUAUCGGCCGCUUCUUCUCCAGCCACGCGCCCGUUCCACCCAACGAGCACCACAACGAGCACCACAACGAGCACUACAACGCCGAUAGUCCAUAUUUCCGAGCCCCGGCCCCUGCGAUCGCCACUCCGGCAAUCGACUCCUUCCUCGCGAGUCUGGCCGAAGCAACCCUGCACUCCAUACCUGCUACUACCCCUAACCCACACGCCACCCCUGUCACCGAGACGCCGGACCGCGCAAAAAGCCAGGCCAAUGACGAAUCCGUUUCCGCCUCCGGUGGAAUAAACUCAAACACGGCACAGCAGCAGCAGCAGCAGCAGCAUAUCCCUCUCUGCCGACGCCGCACGCGAACAAAAUCCAUGAAUCCACUCCUGCGUCCGUCGAACGUCCGCACUGUGACUAUCCGCAUCCACACCUCCGGGGCGCAGAUUGCGAGACUGCUGCGCAGGUUGGACGACGGUGAGUUCGAUGUGCUCGGCCGUGAUGGCGCGGGCAGAGAUGCUGUGUGUUGCGGCGGGGUUUAUGGUUCGGUGGUUACGGAUGGGGAGGUCGGCUUGUGGACUGGACGUGUUGUGGACAUGCUCGUCAGGGGGAGGAAGGGUGGUGGUUGCGAGGUGGGGCUUGGGGAAGUGGAUGCUAGGCUUGUGCGAGAUGCGCUGAGGAAGGCGUUGGAUGGGCUUGUGGGUGGCGGGAUUGGUGGGGAUGAGGAUAUGCUGUUCUGAAGGGAUUGAGAUGGGGGC